UGCUCAGUAUCGCGCCUUAGAGCGCGGCGUCAGUUGCAGUGAUAAUAUCCUGUUUGUUUUGCUGUCAGGAACAUCACGGUUCUUGUUUAGUCCAAAGGCUGUGUCUUAGACUAAGAUGGAAAAUGAAGACGCGACAUUACUGAAGAGCCAGGAGUCAGUAGAGAAAAGGUUGGGGCGAACGACUUUGUUAGACAGUGGGGAAGAUUUUGAGAUGCUAGAAGUUGUUGAUGAUGGAGUGGAUGACGAUCUCCCCCCUUUAGAAGAUGCAGGUGGUGGAAAGAAAGAAAGCCAACAGGCAAAUAAAACAGUGAAAGAAAUCACAGACCCCAGUCAGUGUCCACCCCAAGAGGAAUGGCUGGAUGUCUUAGGAAAUGGGCAGCUGCGAAAGAAAGUUUUAGAAGCUGGAUCUGGUCCUGACAGUAAACCUCAAAGGGGCCAAAACGUCACCAUUAAUCUCAAAACCACUCUGACUGAUGGAAGUGCAGUACAGGAGGAGUCCAACAUGUGUUUCACUCUUGGUGAUGGUGAUGUCAUUCAGGCAUUGGAUCUCACUGUGCAGUUAAUGGAGAUGGGUGAAAAGGCACUGAUUGAAACAAAGGCCAAAUAUGCAUAUGGUGCACUGGGGAGCAGUUCUACUCCUGUUGUGCCCCCCAAUACUGAUUUGGUGCUGGAGGUACAUCUCCUGUCUGCUGUUGAUGCUCCUGACCUGGAGCUUCUGCCUCCCUCUAAAAGGAUCGGUUUGGCAAGCAAGAAACGAGAGCAGGGCAAUGUUCACUACCAACGUGGUGAUUAUGCUUUUGCUGUUAACUCCUAUGGGAUUGCCCUGCAGAUAACAGAAGCAAGUUCAAAAGUGGACAUCAGCCCUCAGGAAGAAGUGGAGCUAUUGGAUGUAAAGUUGAAAUGCCUAAACAACAUGGCUGCUGCUCAGCUCAAGCUGGACCACUAUGAAGCUGCGCUGCGCUCCUGUGUCUCUGUUUUAGCUUACCAGCCAGACAAUGUCAAAGCUCUGUUUCGUCAAGGCAAGGUACUGGCACUACAAGGAGAGUAUUCUGAUGCAAUUAGAAGUUUGAAAAGAGCUUUAAAAUUGGAUCCAAGUAAUAAGACUAUCCAUGCAGAGCUGUCGAAGCUGGUGAAGAAACACUCGGAACAGAAGGGUGCUGAGCAGGCUAUGUACAAGAAGAUGCUCGGCAACCCACCGGAUAUCAACACUGUACAGAAAUCCCAGGCCAAGUCCUCAUGGACUAUAAGCUGGAAGUGGUUGUUUGGUGCUACUGCUGUUGCUAUUGGAGGUGUAGCCUUGUCAGUGGUCAUUGCUGCUAGAAAUUAAAGGAGUUCAGGAUAGUAGCAUAAACCUGAUUUCGGUACACCAUUGUCCAUUUAUAGUACUUUUUCUCUCACAGAAUGUAACUUUAUAAAUUAUUAACAAAGUUUCUUUAAAUGCAUGAAAAGUGGUUUGAGAAAAUGUUGACGUAUGAAGUGAUAAAUUAGUAUACAUGCCAUUUUGUCGUGGAAAUGAACUAGGUUAUCUAAAUCUGAGUAAUGCUUAAAGCCUCCAGUGCAUAAUAUACUUUUUUUAAAAAAAAAACAUCUAAUCAUUUCCUUGGCCUCCUGUGCUGCGUUUUCUGAAUCAGCAAGUCUGUUUCUAAUGAAGCCAACAUUUAUGCUGCUAGCUUGUGUUCCUACAUGACUCAGUUCUAAGCAAUUACAUGGCCAAGGAUGCAGAACAAUGUUUGUUGCAUUUAUUUCUUUGGUGUUUAACAAACCAGUUCACUGACUUUUUUUUGGCCUCCUUUGCAUUCAGGAGGGUGUACCUCAUCUUUUAAACUCUGACCAAACACUGUAAGGAUUUUACAAAAAGACCAAAUUAACUGAUUUAGACUUUAUCGAUUUAGACUUAUUUUAUGUCUAAAUAUGUAAAUGGUAUUUAUUUUUUAAUUAUUUGUCUAAUUUUGAUGAAUGAUUUAUGUAAAUGGUUUGGGUUAUUCCUUUGGUUACUGAAAGUAACAUUUGAUAUUUCUUUUAUUUGUUUAUUUAAACUUUUGCACAUGUGGCUAGUUAAUGUUUGAUUAAACAUUUACAAUCACCAAAAGGAGCUUCACUUUAAAUUCUGUACUAAAUUUUUGACCUCUACGUUUGUCCCCGCCAGUACAUUUUAAUGAGUACUGAUGUGUUUUAGUGUAACCCAUUUUUCAUCUCAAAUAUUUCAAUAAGCCUCUAAGUAGUUCUCCCUUGUCAUAACUUCUGGAUAAUGAUCAGAUUUGUCUUUGACCCCCUCUGGAUACAAGCAUGUAAAAAGUGAAUUGAAAUCAUGUUAUCUAGAGCUAUAGUUUUCAAAAUGAGGUUCAGGGAUCUCUAGGGAUCUGGGAUGUAUAUCCAGCAGAUCCCCAAUUUCAUGAGUUCUCAGACAUUUGCAUCCAAGGAUCCCUGUAACUUUUUAAAAUAAAAAUAAAUUCAUAGACUCCCUCAUUACAGCUUUUUCACGAACAUGGACAGAUGGAUGUUAGGAAUUUUCUGUGACCCAAACCUUGGCAUUUUGGUUUCUCCUGAUUAUUUCCUGUCACACUUGUAAAUACAUAAUAAAUAAAAGUUUUGGCAUA